UGAUUAAAUAACAUUGCCACACAUGUAUAAAUAGGAGCAAGAGAGAAACCACAUUUCAUCCACCACACACUCUAAACACAAUCACCAUCCCUACUACAACUCAAACAAAGCCAUGGCCAAGCUCCCCCAAACCCUAAUCCCAACCCUCCUCUCCGCCUUCCUCCUCCUCCACACCGCGCAGUCGCAAUCAACCUCCUUCACCUACGACUUCUACGGCGACCAGCCCACCGACCUAAUCUACCAAGGCGACGCCCACUUCCCCUCCGACACCACCUUCCUCCGCCUCACAAACGCAGAGAGAGGCAACGUCGGCCGCGUCCUCCACUCCAGCCCCGUCCAGUUCUCCCAAGGCGGCAGCCAAGUCGACUUCGAGACCACCCUCAACUUCAUCAUCACGCCCAGCUCCGCCAACGCCCCCGCCGACGGCCUCACCUUCUUCAUCGCCCCCGUGGGGUCCACCAUCCCCAGCAGCUCCACCGGCUCCAACCUCGGCAUCUUCAGCUCCUCCGGCUCCAGCCCCUCCGUCUUCGCAGUCGAGUUCGACACCUACGUCAACAGCGCCUGGGACCCCAGCUACCGCCACAUCGGCAUCGACAUCGGCUCCAGAUCAUCCCGCGUGACCACGGAGGUCGGCGACGCCAUCAUCGGGCAGCAGGUGAACGCCAGGAUCAACUACGUCGGAGCCACGAAGAUGAUCACCGUCCGCGCCACCGCGGGAUCGGAGACGUUCGAGCUCAGCUAUGAGUACGACUUGAGCGGAUUUCUCAACAGUCAGGUUCAAGUCGGGCUCUCGGCCGCCACGGGAGAGUACGUCGCCACCCACGACAUCGUCUCGUGGUAUUUCACGGCCACGAUGAACCAGAACAAUGCCGGCUCAAGGAGCAGGAAGGAGCUGGCUGGGCAGUUUGUGGGGAUUUAGGUUUGUGUUGUGAAUUAGUACCAAUAAAAGAGAAGCGAUGGAUGAGUCUUCUUCGCUUGUUGUGUUCGAAAUAAGAUAGUCGAGCAAAGCAUCUGUGUGUAUAGUGAUGGACGACUAUGUAACAAAUGUUAUGGUUUUAUGUUCUUCAAUUGCUAUCAAGUUCUUUAAGUGUUCUAAA